AUGUCCAUAUUCACCCCUCGUAAAAAAUCAUCAACAGCACAACAGACAGUAAACCCAAACAACCUCCUCAGACCAGGUUAUCCUCUCACAAAGUCACGCUCAGCCGGUUCUGCAAAUGGUCAAGCAGUAACAAUCACAGAAUUUGGUAUAUAUCAAGACACGCACCAGCAACUACUCCCACCAACAACGCAGAAUCAGCGCGCCAGGAACCUUUCCGCGUUCGACAGAGAUUUGCCCGACUUACCCGCAAUUCCUAGGUAUCUUGAUGCACACAUCCCCGCACAAACGGAUGAACAGGAGAUCAUCCAGGACGUCGGUUACCUCGCCGAGGGUCGCCAGGUCACACUAGGCCUACAGACAGUCACAAACCUCAUCCACGUCGUCGGGAAAGAGCUCGAAGCAAAAGCACUCACAACCCCUCUUUUAUUCUCCACACGCGCGCUAGACCUCUCCUCCCACCGCAUACGUUCCCUCAUACGCGCUUUCCUACGCACCGUCACCGCCCCAGAGUCCGAGGACCGCCGCUGGCGAGAUGAAGUACGUUUCUCCGGGCCACACGAGCUAGCAGCCCUGCUGCGCUGGGGGAUUGCCCGUGUAGUCCGUAUCAUCGGGUCUUAUGAGCUCCGCGGAUUGCUAGAUUCAGCGGCAUACGAUACAUGGCGAGAGGAAGAACGCGCCAGCGCCUACGCACCAGACGCCUACCUCUCCUUCCCCCCGAAACUCCCUCCCCCCGUUCGCCCCCUUCUCGCCGUCCUCUUCCCUCUCCUAUCCCGCUUCGCAGCGAACGCGACCUAUUCCGGGCUCACCCCAGUCGCGCUCGCCAACAUCUUCGGCCCGCUUAUCUUUGGCCUCGGGCCCCAGUCCCAGCCUUUCACAGCCACGUACCAGGCAUACCUCUCAGCGUCAAACGCCACGGAACACCUGAUCCUUGCAUUUAUCCGGCUGCAGGACUGGGAGCUCCAGCAAAGAUCAGGCGUCUCCCUCCCCACGCGGCUCAAAGACUGGGUCCGAGGCUACCCAGCAAUGCUCCCCCCUCCAGGGACACUGCGGGACCGCCCGCGGCCGAAUGCCAAAACAGUCCGAGUCAUCUCUGUCAGGCGAAACGUCCGUCUCUAUUCCCCCGACCUGUUCCAGACAGCUUCUACCUGGCCUGCAGAAACAGCUCCGGACCAGCCUAUCCGUGAAUGGAGCCGGAUUGCCGGGCCGGGCAAGACCGCCCAACCGCUGUACAGCGAAGACUAUCGAAAGAAACUCGACCUUCCCCUUACCGCUCUCCCUACAUCGUCCUACCUCCGCGUGCCGCCCACCCCGCCCCCGAAAGACCGCGUCGACGGGCCGACCGUGCUCGGGACGAUCGUCAUCCCCGAAGCGGACAAGUUUAAGAGUCUUACCGAUCUCCGCUGGGGCAUAUUCGAGAGUUCCGGGUUUGACGUCGCGGACCCGAAGAAGCUAGAAUUUGACCUGACCGAGAGCGCGCGCAAGCGACAGCCAUCCAAGAGGGACACGAUGGCGUGGUCUGAUUUUGCCAACGUCGGGUUCACACGGGACGAUUUCUCGCUCGACUUUUCCCCCCCUGUCAAGGAGAGCAUCAACACUUGGCCGGAACAUCAAGCUGAGCUUCAUAAAAAGCUCCGCAAGCAGCAGAAAUCGCUUCCCGAGUUCGGGUGGGACACCCAUCCCGUGCAUGGCAGGGACAAGCUCGUGGACGAGACGUUUAUCGACUGUUGUGCCGAUUUGCUCUUGAGCACAGGCUGGAUGGACCGUGCGGAAGGCACGUUCAGGGAUUGUAAUUGGGUUUUGGUGGAGUACCGCGCUGCGCCUGAACAGCUCAGUGCCGACCAGCGCGCGCCUAGCACUCUCACGGCUUAUGGAGUAGACAACCGUUCCAGUACCCAGUGGUUCGUGUUCGAAGAGUUCGUCCCGCGGGAGUAUAGGGAAAGCCUGCUCAACCCUAAGAAGAAGAAAGGCGGGCUCUUCUCCGGCCGAGGGAAGAAACUUAUCCCCAUCCCUAUCCCGAUUAUCACUACUCGCCCUCCGCAGCAGGUGUCUACUGCCCCUCGGAGCCCGGACAGGGAAGCCGAGUUCGAGCGACUGAUCGCUGCUGGUGAACGGGGAGAGCGGGCAGACAACACCCGCAAGCUUACGCUCAACCUCCAAGGUCAAGGUCAGGGUCAAGGGCAGGGUCAAGGCCCACCCCCGCCCCCCGACAAGCCCCGGCUGCAGAUCUCCUCUCCUCUCCAGCCGGGGCAGCACCCAGAAGGAGCGAACAAACUCCGUCGACCGCCUUUUCCUCUUCAUCCGAGUACCUCUGUCGGACCUCUGAAUAGGCUCAAAGCGCUCGGUCGGCAUCCUCCUGCUAUCCCCUCGGAGGAAACGGCUGUGGAGGUCGAGUUUGCCUCGGCUAGCUUGAGCGAUCAUAGUGAUGAGGAGAGGCAGAGUGGGAGGAAACAGAGACCUAAGGAGAAUUGGGUCGAUAUACGGCUUGCUAAUUCCAAACAGGGGCAGGGACAGCCGCAGCCGCAACUCCCUGCUUCGCCCGUGAGCCAGCACGCUCCCCAGGCAGAGGACGAAGCGCAGUACGCCAACCGAGAGAGAGUCCCUACCCCCGACGGCCCAAGCCCGGGAAGCGUGUACCCCGUACCGGAGGAAUACGAGUCUGAUGAGCAUGAGCAGCAUACCCCAGUGGGUCUGAGCACGGGCCUAGGGCACGAGUUCCCCUUACCUCCUGACAGGGCUCCGAACAGGAACAGGAGGGGAAUCAUCUUCCCUACCGCGGGGCCGUCGCCGCCCGAGUCUGAGGACGAAGAGGGAGGGGAGAGGCAGUAUAGGGAGAGCAUGACUGAGGGUGAGAGUAGGCUGGGUGAGGAGGAGGGGGACGACGAUGCCGAUGCUAUGACGGACUUGUCUGGUCCGGACAACGCCACGCCGUUUGAUCCCCGUGGGCCGGGCGGAAUACCCGUUGGCGGCUGGCAGUCGAGCCGGCCUUCGGGGAACAAGCAUUCCUCGGGCGUCAGCUCACUUAUCGAGUUGUAUCAGGAACGGGAUAGGCAGGCAACGGACCCUGGUCCAUCGAGGAUCCCCGUACCCGUACCUGCCGCUUCAGCGACGCUCUCAGUGCCUGCUGCGCCUGUCGAGCGACCUAAAAGUCCCGCAGGCCCGGCGCGGACAACGAGCCCAGCGACUGCUUCCCCCAAAGGGAUGCCGUCUUCUGAAGGCUCGGCGCUCUUCGAACCUGACAAGAUCCAGUCGUCUUUCCCCCGAUACGUACACGGUGCACCGCUGCAUAACCUUAUUGAGGCAUCCGAAGAAGAGGAGGAUGUCGAGUAAACGAUUUUCGACACACGUUACCGUUACCGUUACCGUUCUUUUGGGUCUGCAAUCUUUGGAAAUUGGAGUUUUCUUAUCUUUCUUUUUAUUUGACGUCCCUGGCUGUAUUAUGAGCCUUUCCUUUUCUUGUUUCCUUUUUCUGUUUCGUUUCCUUUUUCCUUGGUAACAUCUUGUUGAGCAAUCCCAUCAUCCCCCGUGGUCGACCAUACCCUCGUUAGUUUACCCUGUCUCUCCAGCCAGAUCCAGAUUGAUCCAUUCAUACACGUACAGAAAUGCUGUACUCACUGUGUAGCCAAGAUAACCCUAGUUACCAGAGAUAUCAG